AUGGAUCUUUUAAAUGAAAAUGAAAUACGGUGUAUAUCAAGGCAUUAUGGUUCUUCGAUUGUCGUUAAAUGGAAGCUCGAAGAUAUUUCAGAUAAAUUGAUGGGCUAUCUCGGUGAACAUCUUCGACUUAUUAUUACGUUGUACGUAGAAGGAGUCGAGACAGAAUUAAAACUAUUUGUAAAAUGUAUGCCGAGAAAUAAUCAAUGGAAAGCAGAAUAUCUUAAAGAGUCAACCUUUUUUCGAAAAGAAUAUGUUAUGUUGAGCCAGUUGUUUAAACACUUUCAAGAUGGUGAAGGACUGAAUAAAUGGCGACCCAAAUUGUUGUAUAUUAGAGAAGAUUUGUUUGUUUUUGAGGAUGUCACAAAGAUCGGUUAUAAAAUGCCGGACCACCUUUGCACUAUGUCGUAUGAUGAGCUAUCCGUUGUUGUAAACACAUUGGCAAAAUUUCACGCUCAAUCAAUUAUAUAUGAAGAAAAAAAAUCUAAAGAACUGAAUAGAACAUAUAGAAUUUGGGACGAAUAUAGCGAAUAUCUUACAGAACCAGAAAAAGGACAGGCGUGGCGAGACACUGGAAAAAGAGCUGUGAUCGACUUUCUUAGAGUUUAUUCUAAAUAUAAAACUGAGAUUGAUUUUGUGAAACAUGUUGAAGAUUUUAUUCUAAGUUUAUUCUCCUGUGCGCUUAAUUUAAUGAAACCAAGUUCUGAAUUCCGCAAUGUUGUCAUACAUCGCGAUCUUUGGACGAAUAAUAUAUUCCUUAAACAACUUGGUGAUGGCCAGUAUCAUUCUUUAAUCGUCGAUUUCCAGACAGUAUUAUACUGCCCCCCUAUGCACGAUUUGUGUUCAUUAAUUUAUUUCAACACGUCUAGAAAUUUUAGAGAAGCAAAUACCGAUAAAAUUAUAAAUUUAUAUUAUUCUUUUCUAACCGAAGAAUUAAACUCAGAAGGAAUUGAUGUGAUAAAUAUCAUAGAUAAAAAGACGAUAAUGAAAUCAUACCAACAAAGUAUUGUAUUCGGCAUCACACAAGCCGCUUUAAUAGUUCCUACUAUAGCAAUGAAUGACGAUAUGAGGAUCUUGAUUUUUGAAGAUCCGGAUAAUUGUGCGAAAGUGAAUGUUGUAUCCAGAAGUGAGGAGUUCAUAAAUUUGGCAAAGGAUGAUAACAAUUAUCGCAAUCGAGUCAUUGAACUUUUUGAUGAAAUUAUCGAAAGAUUUUAUAAAUAG